AUGGCCCGGAUGCUGUUGCUCAUCUUUAUCACCAUUCAUCCAGGAUCUUGUGUUCUCUGGGUGUCCCAGCUCCCUGAAAUCCGUACCCAGGAGGGGUCCCCUGCCUUCCUGCCCUGUUCCUUCAAUGCCAGCCAAGGGAGUUUGGCCAUUGGUUCUGUCACAUGGUACCGGGACAAAGUGGCCCCAGGGAUGGAGGUGAGGAAUGAGACCGCUGAGUUCCAGGGCCGCCUGGCCCCUCUCCCCUCUUCCCGCUUCCUCUGUGACCACCAGGCUGAGCUGCACAUCUGGGACACCCGAGGCCGUGACACGGGAGUCUACGUGUGCAGGGUGGAGGUGCUGGGCCUGGGUGUCGGAACAGGGAAUGGGACCCUGCUGGUGGUGGAGGAAGGAUCUGCUCAGCUAGCGGCUGGCACAGUGCUCCUCCUUCGGGCUGGAUUGUAUGCCUUCGGCUUUCUUUCAGUGUUUAUGGGCAGCAGCAUGUAUUACCAGGGCAAAUGCCACUGUCACAAGGGAACACCCUGUCACUCCUUGGAUGGCCUCUGA